AUGGCCACCUCCACCGUCAAAGACUUCCUGGUGACCCAUUUAAUGCCCGAAAAAUGUUACGAGAGGAUUGUUGUCAACUUGCACGUGCACGUGCCUUGCCUAAAGUUAAUAUCGACCAGAAUUUUCGGAUUUUGGAUCUUACUGGACGCUCUCCUGGCACCGACGGCCCAGCUGCUGACCAUACUGUGGAGAAGAAGUGCAGAGGGCCUGAGUCUGACCUCCGUGCUCCUGCAGCUGUACGCCUUCUCCUGUCCUGUCGUGUACGCCGCGGCCAACAACUUCCCCUUCUUCGCCUGGGGUGACAGGCUCUUCAUCUUGGCCCAGACCGCAGCCACCGUCUUCCUCAUCCUGCACUAUCGUAGUCAUACCCUCAGAGGGAUGCUGGUCCUCUGGGCUUAUGGGGGUGUAAUAUUCCUUCUGGUCUCCUACGCAGCUGCAGCUGUUGCCUCAGUGAUGCAGGCUUCCAGUUUGACAGCUUUAAUUGCAAGCAAGGUUCUCCAAGUGCGAACUAACCACUGUAACGGCCACACGGGCCAGCUGGCGACUCUGUCUGUGUUCCUGUCGUGUACGGGAUCCCUCGGAAUCUUUGUGUCUCUCCAGGAGACGGAAAGCUUGUUCACCACUUUGUCCCAUGCGCUGUCCGCCGGUCUCAGCUUUGUCCUCCUGGUCCAGGUCCUCUGCAGCAGCGGCACCACCAGAGCAAAGUGUGAGUAG